AUGGUGAGAAAACGCUUAGCCCAAGGGCCGAAGAAAGGCAAGCAAACACAGUUCCUCCCUGUGAAUCAAGUAGAUCUAAAGGGAGUAGAACAAGCAGAUCACGUUCCUGACGGCCGAGCAGACCAGAAAGAAAAGGGAAUAACUACUUCUCAAUAUGAGACUCGUUCUGGUGAUGAUGGAGUUUCUGGUGAGGAUGGAGAGCCAACUGUAGUUUCUAGUGGGGGUGGAGAGCCGGCUGGAGUUUCCGGUGAGGAUGGAGCGCCGGCUGGAGUUUCUGGUGAGGAUGGAGAGCCGACUGGAGUUUCUGGUGAUGUUGGAGAGUCGACUGGAGCUUCUAGUAGGGGUGGAGAGCCGGCUGGAGUUUCUGGUGGAGAGCCUGUUGGAGUUUCUGGUGUGGGUGGAGAGCCAGCUGGAGUUUCUGUUGGGGAUGGAGAGCCAGCUGGAGUUUCUGGUGAGGCUGGAGAGCCGGCUGGAGUUUCUAGUGGGGAUGGAGAGCCGACUGGAGUUUCUGGUGAGGCUGGAGAGCCGGCUGGAGUUUCUGGUGAGGCUGGAGAGCCGGCUGGAGUUUCUGGUGAGGACGGAGAGCCGAAUGGAGUUUCUGGUGAGGAAGGAGAAAGCCAAGGGUUUCUAGUGGGAGAGCCGACUGGAGUUUCUGGUGGAUGGAGCACCCCUCUAGAGAUGGAGAGCCGACUCGAGUUUCUGGAGAUGAAGGAGUUGAGUCGAUAUUGGAGUAAUGUGGGUGGAGAGUCAUUGGAGUUUCGUGGAGGAUGGAGAGCCACCGAGUUUCUCGGGUGA